CCCAGGGAGAGACGGAGAGAGCCCCAGAGAGAGAGCCCCACGGAGAGACGGAGAGAGCCCCAGGGAGAGAGAGACGGAGAGCGGUUUUGUGAGUCAUGAACCCCUCCAGCACCAAUGCCCCACCGAGGAGUCGCCUCUGAAAGACGCGACAGACGCCUCCCGCGACGGCUUGUUUACGCAACGGACGCAACGAGGAAGACAACAACAACAACAAACAACAUUUGGCACGAGUAAAGAAUGAACGACACGUAUCACAAAGCCGCCAGGGAUGGCUACCUCGACCUCCUGAGAGAAGCGACGAAAAAGGAUUUAAAUGCGCCGGACGAGGACGGCAUGACGCCCACUCUGUGGGCUGCGUAUCACGGGAACUUGGACGCCCUGAGGCUCAUCGUCAGCAGAGCGGGCGACCCGGACAAAUGCGACAUUUGGGGGAACACUCCCCUGCACCUGGCCGGGGCCAACGGCCACCUCGACUGCCUCACCUUCCUCAUCUCCUUCGGGGCCAACGUCUGGUGCCUGGACAACGACUACCACACCCCGCUGGAGAUGGCCGCCAUGAAGGGCCACAUGGAGUGCGUGCGCUACCUCGACUCGAUCGCGGCGAAGCAGACGAGCCUCAACCCCAAGAUGGUCUCCAAGCUGAAGGAGCGUGCCUUCAAGGAGGCCGAGAAGAGGAUCAAGGAGUGCGCCAAGCUGCAGCGCAAGCACCACGAGCGCAUGGAGCGCAAGCACCGCAAGGAGGCGCCCGCCGACUCGACGGACGCCACCAGCUUCUCCAGCUUCUCGGGCAGCUCGGCGAGCCGCAGGGCGAGCCAAGCGGGCACCGUCUCGUCGCUGCCGUUCCCCGCGACCGCAGGGCCCAACGCCACGGCCAAGGGCAAGACCAGGAUGCAGAAGAAGGUGGAGAAGAAGAAGCAGCUGGACGGGCAGUUCAAGAUCUACGCGGACGGCCGCAAGAGCGUGCGCUCGCUCUCGGGCCUGCAGCUGGGCAACGAGGUGAUGAUCGUCAAGCAGGGCACCUACCCGGCGCCGCUGCAGCCCAAGGACGCGCCGCGCCGGCACGUGCGGGACAUGUUCCGCGCGGACAGCGCGUCGGACGUGUGCACGGAGUCGGGCGUCAACUCGGAGGCGAGCAACGACUCGGGCCACGACUCGCUGUUCAACCGGCCCGGCCUGGGCACCAUGGUCUUCCGCAGGAACUACGUGACGGGCGGCCUCUUCGACAUCGGCACCGAACGCGACGGGGAGUCGCUCCGCCGCCGGAGCUCCGGCGGCCCCGGCGGCGGCGUCGAGCCCAAGGGGAAGCCGGCGCGCUCGGCGAGCGCCAACGAGAGCAUCGGCAGCGCCGGGAGCCUGCGCGAGAGGAGCACGGAGGAGCCGCCGUGGGACGACGAGGACGUGGCGCUGGACGACCCGGACACCACGGAAACGACGCCGCUCGAGAGCUUCCUCGCCUCGCUGCACAUGAGCGAGUUCGCGUCCCUGUUCAGGCAGGAGCACAUCGACCUGGAGGCGCUCACCCUGUGCUCGGACGAGGAGCUCAAGAGCAUCAACCUGCCGCUCGGUCCCCGCAAGAAGAUCCUGGAGGGCGUGGAGAGGAGGAAAGCCGCCCUGCUGGGGCCCGCCAAAGUUGAAGACACCGCGCUGUGAGCGGAGGCUUGGUUGGCAACUGCGAGCGGUCCUAAGAGCUUCGUAGCUCAUCGGAUUUUUUUGCGGAUUUAACCGAUUUUGAUUCUUCGGGGAGGCUGCCACGGUGGCGUUAAUGGUCACACGGGACUGGCAAUCUCGUGGGCAGCCGCUUGGCCACACACACGCUCACACGCUCACACGGCGUCGCCCAGGUGUGACGCGUCGACAGGAGCAACCUCACUUUGCCUUGACAGCACGCAAGGGGCGUCACGGUGGCUAGGAGAUGUUAACUACCUCGCCUGAUAUGCAGGAGGUCAUCGGUUCGAUUCCGACCCUUAUGCCUGCUGUAUAUUUGGAGUUAGCGUGUCCUGAGAUUUUUCUCUCCACAUGUAGAAUCAAUGUGCAUUUAGGGUAUUCAGCUGAUUUAAAUUUACACGUGACGAUAAGCCGCUUCGUUAAUUUAUCAUUUGUAAUGGCCAGGUCGCUUCUGAAAAAGUUUAUUUUUAGUAAGCGUUAAAACAUACGUGGUGGCAUUUGCAUCGUCCUGCUGUGUCUCUCCUCGCAGAUAGCGAGGGGCCAACUGCCAACCGCGGGUUUUUUUUUAUCUCGCAAGAGGCUCGAUCCCAUGCGUGGGCGAGCGUGAGUAGGCACGCGUGCAAUGCAGCAAGGUGGAGGACAGAGGGACAGAGACAGGGGGCCUUGGAACGUGCAGGCCUCAGCCAAGCACCGGCUGGUCGCCGCCCCAGCUGCCCUCCCCAUCCACGGAACACGUCAGGGCGUCGACUGCAUACCGGCCCUCUGUCCAGAGCAGGGGGCGGCGACACAGAAUAACAAGGGGAGACAUUCGUCUCGAAUUCGUAAAGCGAACAAAACAACUCAAUAUUUAAAGAGCCGCAAUGCAAUGUGGAUGAACACGAGACGGUGGCGCUCCUUCAUUAACGGCGUCACGGAGAAGCCCUCUUGAAGAGCCGCGUGCGGCUGCGGAGCCGCAGGCUGCUGACCCCCUGGUCCAGACGGAGAAGCGAGUCAGGAUCAAUCAGAAUCUUUAUUUAGACUGCAGCAGCAGCAGCAGCAGGAGGAAUCCGAUGAGCUACGAAGCUCUUUUAUCACCGAUAUCCUCCAGUAGUUGGACGGGUGGUCAGCAGCCAUAUACUGAAGCAUGCAGGGUCAGAAAACGCGACGAUGAUAUUCAGUGGUAGGCAGCAAACAACAAAAACGGGAAUCUUCAAUAGCUAAACAUAACAGGCAUCCCCAGCAUGCACCGCAUGUCCAGAUGACGUCGACGCAGUUGCAAGCGCUCCGCACGCAGCCUUGAGAAGGGUUGGGCAGCGCAAAGUCCCUCGGGCGCAAAUGGCAGGCGGCAGGAGGCAAGCGGCUCAGCGUUACAUUUUAUUUAGAGAGGCGUAGUAGCGCAGUCGUUUUUAAAGACAUCGUUACUCACCGCAGAGAACCGUAGCGACACGACCGCCGCCACUCUAUGGAUGCUGGCGCCAACCUGUGCCACACGCCCUCCCCCCAGCGUGGCCUUGUGGGGAUCCUCGGUACCCAUAAAGUUAUUUCGGUGUAGUUUUUCAUCCCGUUUUCUUUUUGAUGACGUACACGGCCGUCCCGAUGACAUACACGCACGUCAUCGGGGCGGAAUCGGAAGAAAAACGGAUGACGUACACGUACGUGCACGUACGUCAUCGGGACGGGAAAGGGUUGAACAACACGACGCAUCACGAGGCUGUGCGCGGGUGACGCGAGAGAAAAGGCGACGUCUUCUUGCCAUGCAAAGUGUGCUGAGAGUCCUGCGGACACCUUUUGCGAAGCUUCAACUUGCACGAUAAUUAUCGUGUGUGAGGAAACGCUGGCUUUGUGAUGGUCCUAAAGAUCGUGAUGGACAACAACCCUCGAAGACUUGGGAGAAAAAAACAACCUCAAACAUAGGCCGUUGUCAAUUACGGUGCGCACGUAAAAAAAUAUGUUGUCGUUUUCUCAAGGGCUCCUUGAUUGUCUGUGCUCGGCCUUCUGAUAAAAUACGCUUCCAACCGCGGGCAGUUAUUCACAUUUACAACGAGGAACGUCUCGUAAAGCAAACCCUGGCAGCCACGCUGUUCGGGCUCCGUAUUUUAAUGCAAAGUAAAAAGUUAAUUUCGGGAUUUACGACCAGAGCUUGCCCGCUUAUUUUAGGCUCUGCCAUGCCCUUGCGAGAUGCAGCGAAGGUGAGAGGACAAACGUGCAUUUGCUGUCAAGCAGGAACGUCGAAAUGAGGGAGGACGAAAUUAAACGAAACUGUUUAUUUGUAUUUUACUGAGCUAUAUAGCUCUUAGUUCAGAAGCGACCUGGCCAAACAGUGAUAGCUCAACGGAAUGGCUUUUCACGUGGAAAUUUAUAGUAGCAGCCAAAUACUAUGAACGCACGUUGAUUCUAAGUGGAGAGGGAAACACUGGAGGGCUGUGGAGAAAAAUCCACGCGACCACGGGUAGAGGGACAUGCAAACUACAAAUUUACAGGCAUCAGGAUCGGAAUCGAACCCACGACCUCCUCCAUACCAGGGGAGGUCGUUAACAUCUCGCUAGGGUCUGUAUGAGAUGACUUUUCCUCUCACCGUGGUUCGUCGUAAACCAAUGUCACCUGCAGGAAGUAUUAUUUGCGCAGGAAUCAACUAAGGGAAGCCAGACAACUCGAGCGGCAAUGUGCGUUACUAAACAUCAUGGCCGUAGGUGACGUCAUUUCAAGUUUAAAUAUUUUUUUACUGAGUUUUAAUUGAUGUGGGCGUUAAACCUAAAAGCCCCACGGCAUUUUUCCGCACCAGAAACAAGCACUCAAGUGCAUGAGCAAGGGAAUUUUUCUGCAUUGAAAACUCAUUCUUUGAGAUCUGCUUUACCGUGUUUAGUUUGCUGUCCUUCCCCACCGCACCUCCGAUUAGCACGGUUGGUGGUGUGAAAGACGUUCAACGUUACGUCCAUUACGGAGCGUUUCAUCGUUGCAGAAGGGCCCCAACUGCGGACACCAGGAAUGUGUCAUCCUCGCGUUCCAAACACACACUUUGCCAAAUAGCGCGCGGCGGUGCUAAGGGCUGUGCGUAGCCAGCGCUGCGCGAUAGCCCCCCGGGGCAACGCUCAUCUCGAGGGUUGCCACCCGUCCUGGUUGGCCCAGGAACGUCGUCUUCUUCUUUUCAUAGCCAUCCUAGGAAUGUGUAACAAUACCAAUUGAUGUGCACCAGUGUUCGUCACUCAUUUUCAGAGGGGGGUGGGGAGGGAGGGAUUGUCGCCGAUAAGACAGCAGCAGUGUGAGAGGGGGGCCGCCACGCAUUUGAAACCACUGGGUGUUUGAGAGCAGCACGACGAUGAUGACGAUGGGGGGGGGGGGGGGUGUCACUCUUUGUGUCCUGUCGGGGGCCUGCACGUCAGGGGCCGCACUGAAGGCCACCAGGGACCGCCAGUGGCCCCGCGGUGGCCUCCCAGUGAAGAACGACGCCGAGUUUCACGAACUUCUCCCCUCUCGUCGGUUAGCACGGUUGGCUACGUAAGGCGCGGAAGAAGUUCAACGUACAUGCACAGUGAGAUGUUCGUCUUCCCACGAAACGUCCCCAAUUCUGUAUCGCAGUGGUGGCAACCCGUAGUGAAACGGUGCAAUAUCCUCAUGUUGUACUGUACUCAGGGUCGUCCAUAGCAGGGGGGUGGGGGCAGGCCCCGUGGCAAAUCCCCCCCAUGUGCCCCCCCCCCGAACCCUUCUAACUAAACCGGAAAUAUUACAUCUGAUGACACCGUGACAACGGAGUGCGUGGGGGGCCCCCCUAAAGUGCGGGGUCCAGGGCAGUCGCCCAGACUCGCCGUGUACCCUAGCGGUAGCUUGCCUGCACUUCGAGCGUGCUCAAUCUCUACGACAAUUCAAUCGAUCGAGCACCACCCGAGGCCGCAUUCCAGGAGGUGACCGCAUCAACGAGAGGCAGUGUCAUCGUUGAUUCUAUUAUUUGCAGGAUGCAAUGAACGCGCAUUGCGUCUCACUGAGGCAUUGACCGUGUUGUACGUAAACCGCCCCACUCGGCACAAACCACUUCUGGAUUUAAGAACUCCCCUUUAUAUUUUGUACUAAACAUAUCACCCACCACCCCAAUGGCGUGUACUUAAUGUUCAAAGCAGAGAGAAAGAAAAAAACAAUGAAUAUUUUAUAUUUUUAUUAUUCAGUAUCCUAUAUAUGGUGUAUUUUUGUGUAUCGUGUGCAUAUAUAUGUGAAUGUGUAAAUUACAUAGCACUAAAUUAACAAAAAGCCAAAACACGGAGCGUUCUUUUGUCGUUAGAUGUGUACGCAUUAUUCUAAGUAUUCAAAUUAUCGUGACGCGUGCAGAAGUUCAAAGCAUUACACGAGCACGGGUGACCUGGUUACAGGUGGGGUGACCUGGUGACAGGUGGGGUGACCUGGUGACACGUGGGGUGACCUGGUGACACGUGGGGUGACCUGGUGACACGUGGGGUGACCUG